AUGACGCACAAGCUCCUAUGUAUAGGCGGGAACGGCUUCGUAGGUUCGGCGAUCUGCAAGACAGCCAUCUCGAGAGGCUGGCAAGUCCACUCGCUCUCUCGAUCGGGCAAACCGUACGCCUCCGACAAAGGCCACCAACCUGCUUGGUCCAAGCGAGUCAACUGGCAUUCCGGCUCGGCACUCGAGCCAGAUACGUACAAGCAUGUCCUUGCUGAAUGUACAGCCGUAGUCAAUGCUACCGGAACGUUGCUCGAGGGCGAUUACAAGUCAGGCGGCAUCUCAUCGCUCGUCAAGGAGCUCUUCAAUUCGCGAUCGAACAACCCUUUGGCGCCAGGCAAGGCUCCGAGGUCCAAGGGUCAAUAUGAACUCCUCAAUCGGGAUGCAGCUCUGACGGUGUUUCGAGCGCUACAAGAUACGCAAGAGCUAAGCUCGAGCACUCGUUCGACGCCCUUUGUCUUCAUCUCCGCCGAGGACAUCUUCCGUCCUUUCAUUCCAGAGCGAUAUAUCGCUACAAAGCGAGAAGCAGAGCAAGAGAUGACGAGGCUGGUCAUGGCAAGAGCAUUUCCCUCUGGCGACGCGCCUGUUGAAGCAGGUCGCGAUGUCCGGCCCGUCUUCCUCCGGCCAAGUCUGAUCUACCAUCCUCAUAUACGGCCAAUCUCGACGCUGCCAGCUGCAAUGCUAGAUCUGUCCGCAACUAUCCAGAGCAAAUUACCGGUUCCGCUCAGAGCGUCGGCAGGCGCUGCGAUCUUCGCCUCCCUCUUACCAGCUAGCACACGGAACGAUCUGCCGCCUUCUGCUUUCUCAAUGUCAAAUCUGCUAUCGAUCCCGCCCAUACAUGUAGACACCUUGGCCGAAGCGGCAUGUCGGGCCAUCGCAGACGAAUCCAUCGAAGGAGCGCUAGGCGUGCAAGCAAUGCGAGACCUCGUCGGAUGGAACACACGGUCGAACACCGAGAGUGAACAGAGGGCGAGCGAAGAGACUCAGACACCCGCCAACCAGCCGUUCUCGUGA